AUGUUGUGUACGCUGACUCUCAGUGUCCAUGUGAGCUCUCCAAAGCCCAUCUCCAAACUAGAGUCCAACUGCACUCUGGAUCCUCAAGUGUUCUUCCAUUCUGAUCGCACUCAGGCUACGGUGGAUCUGAGUCCUGGUCACAUGUUUGAUAAGGACUUUGAGCUGUUUGUGUUCUAUCAGGAUACCCAUCAGCCCUCUGCUAUAGUGGAGGCAGGAGUGACCACUGCCCUGCCAGGCUCUCUGAUGAGGGACCCAGUGGUCAUGAUGAGUUUGUACCCAGAGUUCCCAGAGGAAGUGAUGUCAUCACUGGCAUCUCGAGGCGAGUUUAUUUUCUUGAUUGACAGAUCAGGCAGUAUGGGCAGCAUGAUGCAUCAUGAAAAAGGAGCACAGAUACGCAUUGAAAGUGCAAAGGACACUCUGCUGUUACUGUUGAAGAGUCUGCCCAUGGGUUGCUAUUUCAAUAUCUAUGGAUUUGGCUCUCGUUUUGAGUCCUUCUUCCCUCUGAGUGUCGAAUACAAUCAGGACACAAUGGAUCAGGCUCUGAAGAAAGUGAAGGAAAUGCAAGCAGACAUGGGCGGCACAGAGAUUUUACAGCCUCUAAAACACAUCUACAAUCUACGUUAUCACCCUGACCACCCCAGACAGCUGUUCGUCUUCACUGAUGGACAGGUGGGAAACACUAAAGAGGUGCUGGACCUGGUGAAAAGUCACGCUCACUCUCACAGGUGUUUCUCAUUCGGGAUUGGUGAGGGUGCAAGUGCCGCCCUCAUCACAGGAAUGGCCAGAGAGGGAUCUGGUCACGCUCAGUUCAUCACAGACACCGACCGCAUGCAGCCCAAAGUGAUGCAGUCGCUCAGGUUUGCGCUGCAGCCCGCUGUGGUUAAUAUCUCUGUGGAUUGGACCCUUCCAGAUGGAGUUACUGUUGACACACUGUCUCCACCGAUCAAUGUGCUCUUCCAGGGUCAAAGAACACUCAUUUAUGCCCAACUGAAAGGAGAGAGUUCAGGAGGCUCUGAGGGAACAGUGACAGUCAAAUACAGUCUGAAAGAUCAACCAGUAACAAACCAGCUCCACUUCUGCCUCAGACCAACUGAGGAAACUGGGUUGUCCAUCCACCGGCUGGCGGCUCGGACUCUGAUCCGUUCUCUGGAGCAGGAGGAGAGGUCAGGUGCUGCAGAUGUUGAGGGCAUCAGGAGCAGGAUGGUGGAGCUCAGUGUUCAGGCAGGAGUGAGCAGUGUUCAUACAGCCUUCAUUGCUGUUAAUAAAGACAGCAGACAGACUGUGAAAGGACCCCUGAAGCAGAGAAGAGUGCCGACACGCGGGUCACAGUGGCAGAUUUUACAGGGGAGUGGAUUUAACAGCAUGUCAAGUUUUAGUUUUCUGGCACAAGGGAUGCUAUAUGGAGCCAUACCUGUUGCACAAACUGCUCAGUCAAGGGCCUUUGGAAGCUUUAUGUCAUCACCAGUUGCACAAUCUGCUCAGUCACUUGCCUUUGGAAGCUUCAAUUCAUCUGCAGCUUCACAAUCUGCUCAGUCACUUGCCUUUGGAAGCUUCAAUUCAUCUGCAGCUGCACAACCUGCUGAGUCGAUGACCUUUGGAAGCUUUAAUGCACCGUUGUUUGGAUGGCUGCCAGUGCAAGCUGCUCCUGAGCCCCAAAAGGACCCGUUACUGCAGCUGGUUUCUCUCCAAAAGGCAUCAGGCUGCUGGGAUCUGGACGCCACACUGGCUGAUGUGUUUGGGAAGACGGAGGAUGAGCUGACCAAUCAGAAACCAGCACAGGUGGAUGGGUCAGUAUGGGCCACUCUCCUGGCUCUGAUCUGGUUAUACGGCUGUAAAAUAGAGCAGCAGGUGGAGUGGCAGUUUGUGGCCAUGAAGGCAGCGUCAUGGAUCGGCUCUCAGAAAGUGGGUGAUCUGUCUCAGUGUGUGUGUGUGGGGAAUGUCCUGCUCGGAUGUCAGGUGACCAAAGAGACUCUGGGAAUCUGAAGACGUCUGUGUUUCUUCAUCCUGAUCCAUCAGAAGACAAAAGAACAGAUACUGUUACAUUUACUGUUACUCUGUUACUUAUUUUAGUAAAAUUUUAUUUGCUCAAUUCUACACCAAAUUCUAUAUAUGUUACCUGCACCGUUUGAGUUUUAUGUACCAAAGUAAAAAAACAUAUAUAAUAAUGUUUCCAAGA